AUGGGUCAAUCUGGAAGCGGACCGCAAGUUGAGACGAAAAGUAGCAAUAUUCCUAGUUAUGAAGAAAAUGUACCGGAAUCCACAAAUAUGGAGGAUCUUAUAAAAGGUGGAAGAUAUAAGGUGGCAAAAAAGGAGACCCUCGAUAUGAUGGCAGCUAUUCAAGGUCCAAAAGAUGAGAAUAAAAUCUACCCUGAUUCCGAAAUUAAGGAUAUCAGACAAUAUAUUAUAGAACAAGAGGGACUUAGUGUCGGUCAGGCGAGAAGAAAGGCUCUUGCACAGCAAUGGCGUUUUUUCCUCUCGUGUGAACCUAUGCAACGAGGUUUGGACGCAGGAAUUAUAACUGGUAGUUUCGCUGCUGCAUUUGUUGCUUUCAAAAGUCCAAAAAAUCGUAUUCCGGCAAAAAUAGGUCUUGUUUUUACUCUUGGUUUUUGUGUGGGUGUAAUAACUGUACCUAUGUUUGUUAUAGCAGCUGAGGGAUAUAACGCAAAACGGAUAAAAGCACUAGAGAAGGAGCUUUUUGCAAAACAACGGGAUGAAUUCCACAACAAGGGUAGGGGUGAUUUGUAG